AUGGCUACUAUUGUCGCGAAAUAUAACUUAUACUUACCGCUAUUAUUGGCGAUUCUUAUUACUACAAUUCCUGAUAUAGGAGUUCCCUCGGCGUGCAUCAAUUUUGAGGACGAUUUUAACAAUACAUGCGCUAAAAGCGAGAAAAGUAUCCGGGAUGAGGAGCUGGUGGACAAUAAUAUAAAGUAUAACUUCUUCCUCGUAGUCGUCAUAUUGUUUUUCAAACUCGUCUUAACAACGCUUACGUUUUCGGCCGAUUUGAAGACAUUCUUCAAUGAGCAACGAAAUGUGUGGUACAGCACCGGCGUCUACUACUGGUCCAAAGCCAUUGUUGAGUUGAUCCCUACCGUUUUAAUACUGAUGUGUUUCUCAUACAUCGGCGAUAUUUACGACAGUAAACAUAGCAUGUUCACCACCUAUUUCAUAUUUUUAACUAUCGGGGCACUCGAGAUCCAAAGUCUGGGUCACUUUAUCGGCAUAUUAUUCGAUGGUCAACAACGGUUGGCUGUAUUUACGUCAAUAGGCGUAUUCAUUGUGACCUUCUUGUUCAGCAACUUCCUAAUACCCAUUAAUGAACUACAUUAUAGCCUACAAAUGUUAUCCAUGCUGUCCCCGCUCAAAUUGGUGUUGGAGUGCAUUAUGCUGGCGUUCUAUGGGUUCGACCGUUGCUCGGACAGGGAGUUCUCGUUUGUGUUACACUUGUUUGAUGUGACGGAUAAUGACUUUUAUAUCAAUACACAACUACUGGUCAUUCAGUUUGUGGUGGUCAGGAGCGCUUCAUUGAUCGCACUGUUACUUAAAGUUAGUCCGUUUGUGAACAGUAAGAAAGCCCGGGAUAUCCGCUUGAUGUAUGGUCGGACACGGGAGCACUCUAAAGCAUUUAUUCCCGGAUUCAGUCCCUGGAAUAAGACUGAUGUUAAGAAUAUUUAUAUUAAUAAUAUCUAG